AGCGUGUGCCGUGGCCGGCGCUACCGUGAACCGCAGUUUCGUCCGCUUGGAUCCUGCCGUGGCGCCUCCUCCUCCUCCCCGGCCUCGUCUCUCCGAUCCGUUCCGCUUCCAGAUCAACCAAGAGGCAAGAAGAUGGACUCGCAUGGCUCUGCCGUCGAAGAAAUUGGUCGAGUUUCAUUUGUGUUCGACAUUGUAUCAUUGUUUAUCGACCUCGCACCACUGGUUCUUGUGUUGGUAUUGCGAAGAUUGGAAACAGCCGUGAAAUAUCAGUCACCCUUUUCUGUCUUCUCUGGAGCCAUGCUGAACAUGGUGCUGGUGUUUCACCUGUUGUUCGUCGUUAACACCGAAGAGCACAAGUCUACUCUCUUUGUUAGCGUGGCUGGAUUUGUUUUGGAUACGGUGUAUCUGUUCCUCCUGGGACUCCGGAAGAGUUCUCAAAAAUUUCGUUGCGUGGGAUUAUUUCUGAUGGUUAUCUCGAUGUUCCUGUUCUUUGUGUGCUCCCCCAUUCUUAUCUAUCUGAUAGAUCUACAUUUUCACGUCAGUAAGGAACAACCCUUGGGUGCGCUAAUGUACGUCAUGACAGUUUUGACUGUUAUUACAGCAGGCUGUAGUUCUCUGGUGGAUCCGUGGAAGGCUAUAGGUAAAGUUAAAAAGCUACAAGCCAUGAAUCGUGAGUUACAGAAGCUGAAGCUUUGAAUCGUGAGUUAGCCCAAGCUAUGAAUCUCGAGAUGCAUUAUGGAAUAGGAAUGAUUGUUUGCUUCCUGAAACCGUCGAUUCAUGUUACUUCAUCAUUUAUGCUGCUAUUUUGAGUAGCAGAGAUUCACUGCUCAUGGCUGUGAGCAUUACCAAUGCUAUUUUCGCUGUUAUUCUGCUUGGCAUGCUUAUCAAAAAGUACAAGAGCUACAAGGCUUACAGACAAGAGUAUCGCUCUCUUUCCUCGUCAUUAGCGAAUGUGUAAUUUGAGUAAGUCAAUGCCAGCUAUGAGAGCACAAGCAUGCAUUAAUUUUGUUUUGUGGGAUGUUGGUACUCAAAAUCGAUUAGCUAUUUGAUCCGUGGAAUCAAUCUUGCAUGUAUGCGUUCAGACUUUAGAAUUCAGAUACUGGGCGUGUAGGUGUAGCUGUAAUCAACAGCUGUAUUCUUUCUUCGCUGGUCGUUAUUGCCCGGCGAGCAUUUGCCUUUUGCACUGUUUACA